UGACAGUUGCACAGAAUCCAGUCUGUAUUUUUUUGUAGCUCUCUCUCUCUUAAUCUGCUUCUUUUACUUUUGAAACUUCCCUCUCUUGCUCUUAACUCCACUCCCCCCAUCGCAGCAACCUCCCUCCUCCUCCUCCCCUGCUUCUUCUAGCUCCAGCAGGUCCGGACCACUGACACUCUCCCCUCUCGUGUGAAAGAGUCUGGGAAAAAGGUUGUACGUGUCUAUCUCCAUUGAGAACUUUUUUUCUUCUUUUUUACUCUUUGUGACAGCGGAGAGGAGCACCCCCACCCAUGUUGCUGUGAUUUGACUAUCUAAACAGCCCGCUUCAGAGGCAUCCAUCCUCUAGGAGACUCCCAGGACAGCGGGGAUUAACCUCCCAGCCCCUUCGGACUCUGAACAUCUGAAACAUCCCCACAUCUGAAUCAGCAGUCACAUUUGAGAAGAGUAGCUGGAAGUCUCUCCUCCUAUUUCAAGAGCAGGAGGAGAACAAGGAGACCACAUCUGGAUACAGAGCGAGGAAAAGCAGAGACUCAUCUGUAUUUGAAAGUGAGCAGUUUUACUAUGAGGAGUGUGACCGUCUUCACCCUCCAUUUGACAGUCACAGUUCUCCUGUGUCUCUACGGGGACGUGAGCUGCCUGGAGGUGACACCGCGUGACGGCGAACUCGUCCUGGCCGAGGGCUCCUCUCUCACACUCACCUGCUCUGGAUCGGGGACCACUACCUGGGAGUUCAAGAGGGACGAUGUUCCUUAUUUCCAGGUUGAACUAGGCCUUCGUGGUAUGCAGAGCUACCAAAUAGUGCAAAAUGGCGCAAACUCUAGCACUUUGAGCCUGUGGAAUGUAAGCUGGAAACACACCGGCGUGUAUCUGUGCACUGAUCGAUAUAAUGGAGAAAAGAAGGAAGUGAACGUGUUUGUCCCAGAUCCUGAAGUAUGGUUCGUGGAGAGCGCUCAUGGCAUGCUAACCAAGACCAGUGAGCUUACCACCAUCCCCUGUGUGGUCACCAACCCGAAGAUCAAUGUCUCCCUCUAUGAAAAGCACACUGACCUGCCAGUAAAGGGGCUCUACGUUCCGAGUGAGGGCUACACUGCAGCCCUAGAGGAUAGGACGUAUGUUUGUCGCGGGGAAAUGAAUGGAGAAGUGAAAGAAUCUCAGGCUUUCUUCGUCUUUAGUAUUUUCGUCCCAGAGGCCAUUGACGCCUACGUCAACUCAUCAAAGACGGUGCUGAAGCAGGGUGAGCCGCUGACAGUCAACUGUACCGUACAUGGAGCAGAACUAGUCUUUUUUUCUUGGGACGUCCCCAAUGGGGAGGCUGCUGAUGUGGAACCCCUAACAGAUGUCCUGUCAGCAAUGAGCAUGAGAUCCUGCCUCAUCUUUCCUCGUGCCACGCCGGCCCUCAGCGGAAACUAUGUGUGCCAUGUCCACGAGGGGGUCCAGGACCAGACGGCAUCUGCCAGUGUCAACAUCACAGUACUCGAACGAGGCUUUGUGAAAAUACAGCCGGCUGAGGAUAGCCACGUUUCGGCCCGGCUACAGGAGAACGUAGAGCUGAGGGUGGAAGUGGAAGCCUAUCCUGCCCCUCAGGUCAGCUGGAGCAAAGAUGGCACUGACAUCACAGGAGACAAAAUCAUCAUAAACAGACAAGAGCAGGAGAUCAGAUUUGUCAGCAUCCUCAUGUUGGUGCGAGUGAGGCCAGAACAGAAAGGCCUCUACACUGCCCGGGUCACCAAUGGAGAUGACACUAAGGAAGUGACUUUCGACCUGGAAGUCCAAGUUCCCUCUCAGAUUAAAAAUCUGACUGACCACCACCUUCCCGGGAAGCGGCACCUUGUGACCUGUGUAGCUGAGGGAGUCCCGACCCCGACCAUCCAGUGGUACAGCUGCGACAGCAUGCUCAAGUGCAAUAACAAGAGUACAAUAUGGCAACCGCUGGCACCGGAAGCAGACUUGUUGAGCAUCCAGACCAACGUCACUCACAGCAAGAGCCGUAAAACAAGUCAGGUGUGGAGUCAGCUGAUCUUCCACAAGCCGCAGCACGUCACUGUUCGCUGUGAGUCCAGCAACCAGUUGGGGACGGUGGACAGAAGAGAUGUCAAACUGGUGUCCAGCACGCUGUUCUCCCAGGUGGCAGUGUUGGCUGCAGUCCUGGCCUUGGUGGUCAUCAUCAUCCUAUCCAUAAUCAUCCUCAUUGCAGUGUGGAGGAAGAAACCUCGCUAUGAGAUCCGCUGGAAGGUCAUCGAGUCAGUAAGCCAGGACGGUCAUGAGUACAUUUAUGUGGACCCCAUCCAUUUGCCAUAUGACCUCACUUGGGAGAUGCCCAGAGACAACCUGGUGUUGGGCCGUACUCUUGGUUCGGGUGCUUUUGGCAGGGUGGUCGAAGCUACGGCGUAUGGUCUUGCUCAUUCCCAGUCCAGCACAAAAGUGGCCGUGAAAAUGCUGAAAUCAACAGCCAGAAGGAGUGAGACUCAAGCCCUGAUGUCAGAGUUGAAGAUUAUGAGUCACCUGGGUCCUCAUCUCAAUGUUGUCAAUUUACUGGGAGCCUGCACCAAACACGGUCCUCUAUACCUGGUGACUGAGUACUGUCGCUAUGGUGACUUGGUGGACUACCUGCACAGAAACAAACACACCUUCUUACAAUAUUAUGCUGAGAAGAACCAAGAUGACGGCUACUUGAUCUCGAGGGGAAGCAGUCCCCUCAGUCAAAGGAAAGGCUAUGUCUCAUUUGGAAGCGAAAGUGAUGGAGGUUACAUGGACAUGAGCAAAGAUGAGCCCUCCAUCUAUGUCCCAAUGCAAGAACAAAUGGAUUCCAUUAAAUACGCCGACAUUCAGCCAUCUCCGUACGAGUCGACCUAUCAGCAGGACCUCUACCAGGAACAAGUUGACAGCAGACUGGACCUGAUCAUCAGUAACUCGUCCACACUCACCUAUGACGACCUGCUGGGUUUCAGCUACCAAGUGGCGAAAGGCAUGGAGUUCCUGGCCUCCAAAAAUUGUGUUCAUCGUGACCUCGCUGCCAGGAAUGUGCUGAUCUGUGAGGGCAAACUAGUGAAGAUCUGUGACUUUGGGCUGGCAAGAGACAUCAUGCAUGACUCCAACUACAUCUCGAAAGGCAGUACUUUUCUGCCCCUCAAGUGGAUGGCACCAGAAAGUAUUUUCCACAAUCUGUACACAACCCUGAGCGAUGUGUGGUCUUACGGAAUUCUUCUUUGGGAAAUUUUCACACUGGGAGGAACUCCAUACCCGGACCUACCAAUGAAUGAGAUGUUCUACAGUGCUCUGAAGAGAGGCUAUAGAAUGGCCAAGCCUGCACACGCCUCUGAUGAAGUCUACGAGAUAAUGAAGAAGUGCUGGGACGAGAAGUUUGAGAAGAGACCCGAGUUCUCCUUUUUAGUUCACAGCAUGGGCAACAUGCUGACUGAAAGUUAUAAAAAGAAAUACAGCCAAGUCAAUGAAAAUUUUCUGAAGAGCGACCACCCGGCUGUCGCCCGCACUAAGCCCCGCCUCACCUCUCCUUUCGCGGGAGCAACCCCGACUUUCAGCACCCCCUCCUCAGUCGCCCUUUCCUUCAGUCCAGAGCAUCGCAGUCAGGGUUCAAGCCCGGUUAACUCUCAGGAUGUCAUCCCUUUGUACAACGACUACAUCAUACCCAUCCCGGACCCCAAGCCUGAGGACGUCUUCAAUGGCAUGGAGUCGGAAAGCCCUGCAAGCUCUGUGGCUCUGGAAGAGGAGACGGACUCAAUGUCGCAGGACACGGCAGAUACGCUUCCAGAAGAAGACCGGCUGGAGAGGACCAGCGAGAGAGACGCGCUACUGGGAUUCUCGGGGACGCCAGAGGUAGAGGACAGCUUUCUGUAGCCAUACUUAGGAAUCCUGGGAAAAAAGAAAAUCUGGGAACAUAAGAAAAACAUUUUAUAGGGGACUUUUUCCCCCAAUUACGAAACAGGCCAUAAAAAAGGGAACGUGACGAAAGUAGAAUGUAGCAUCAAGGAAAUUGAAAAGAGCUUUUUUUCUUCCACUAAGCACCCGAGACGCUUUGUCCUUCAUCUAUACAUAUUCUUUUUUUCUUUUUCAUGCUUAAUUCCUCUGAUAGUCCAUAAAAUCAUUCAUCUUCAUGAUUUUGUCAUUUUACUGUAAGAAUUCUUUGAUGACAGAGAUACGGUGCAUUCCUCUCAAUAUUCUUAUGGUACUGCAUGUAAUCAAUGAAUUAUUUAGGAAGUAUUAGCCUUAUGUCACUUUUUUCACUGUAAUUGUUAAAUGAGUGAAUAUUCAAAUGCACACAGAUGACAGAUAGCCAGGAAUUAUAGAAAUAAACAAACAUAACAUGUUAGAAAAUAUUGAGAAUACAGGUGUUGAAAUGUGGACUGAUUUUCUAUGCACUGUUUUGAUAAUAAUAAGUGGCUUUCGUUGAACAAGAUCAAAUGAUGUAAUUGUUUUGUCCUGAAUCUCAAUUUGUAUUCCUUUUCAUAUAUACCAGGGGUCAGCAACCCGCACAUCUUUGAUCUCUCUCUCUGAUGCAGCUCAGUUUUAAAAAUGCAACUCGAAUAUUUGGUUAAAACAUAUAGUGGUGCUUAGGAGAUUUAGCAUAGGAACAUAGCUUCCCUUUAGUAAGCAGAACAAGUCAGGCUCACGUUCUUUGAAUCUUUGUUAAUCGAACACUCACGCAGGUCAUGAAUUCACCAACUAUGGAAAGUCACGGUGCAACUCGGAAGGUGUUCGACAGUUAGGAUUCACGGAAGGGCGAGGAUCCCUCAGCAGACUCAAGCACGGUGUAGUGAUGAACAAAAUGUUUUUAUUUGCAUCCAAAACUAGGUAGUUGAGCUUUCUCAUCGGGGAAGUCAAGCUGGCGUGAGGCGAUGAAGCGCGGAAAGGUGGCAGGCUUAAAAUCCUACGAGAGGCACACAAAAACAGAACCUGAGGCAAGACCAACUAAGUCGAGAGCUGUUGAUCAGAAAACUCAAUAAGGAAUGCUAAAUACAGUGUUUCACAAAAGUGAGUACACCCCUCGCAUUUCUGCAAAUGUUUAUACGUAUAUCUUUUCAUGGGACAACAAGUACAAAA